AAGGACUUUGUAUUGUCAAAUUCUUUUGUCUCCGUGACAAUGCAUCUUUCUGGUUAUAUAAAGAUCAAUGCCUCUCCCCGGGCACUCAUCUGAUCAUACUGAAGGCAGGCCUUUGGAAACCCUGGUGGACAAACUUCAGCUAUCUUCACUUUCCAAUUUAUUCCUUCUAUAAUGAACUCAGCUGCAUCUGUUCGUCCUACACUUCCCCCACUCCAUACCCUUGAUCUUCCUCGAGGGAAGACUCAGGUUCCCCACAUUGAUGCACUUCAUGAUUCGUACGAAUUCAAACCCCAGAUCCCAAGGCUGCACACCCCCAGUCAAUACUAUCCACAUUCACGCCAGAGCCGUCACGCCUCUAUUUCAUCGUCAACGUCUUCUCGCACUCCUUCGCCUCUCUCACCCUCGCGUUCUCCUACUUCCCGACGUCAAUCCACUAAAUUUCGUCUUGUACCUACCACUUUUGAGCAUGCCAACGCAGUCGUCGUCGUUCCUGCACCCGAUGCUCCACACGUGCACCCCCUCUCUGGCGUCACAAAUCUCAAACAACCUCCGCAGCCCCUUCUUCUGGUCGGGCCUGCCUUGCAACAGCUGUGUCGCCCGCAGCGACAAAUAACCAAAGGUGCACGUUUGCACCCCUAUCGCAUCGUGCGCAGUCCAGCGGAUCGCAGGUUUUCUAUUGCAUCCACCACAACAAAAUCAUCAUCUUUACAAUAACAGCCCUGAUUAGUAUGAUGUAUUGCUAGUGCCAUCAUCAGUGUAUUAUCAGCAUUCUUUCUAUAGGAAUUAUCGAUAAUGAAGUGUACGAAGAAGUAUUGUGUUUUAGGCUACAAAGAAGCUAAUGAAUCCAAUUCGUUUGUAGGAGAUGUGCUACUCAUGUAGUGUC